AAAUAGACAGGGGACAUCUUCAUGAAUAUUCAUGGUAGUCACAGAACCCUAGUCCACAGUCAGGGCUAAGCACAACCUAAGCUGCUGGGAUCUUGGCACGCCGGGAACAGUACGACCACUUGUAGAGUGCCUAUCUUGCCACGUUCGGGGUCUCCACAAUGGAUGAUGUGCGCAUGAAAGACAAGGAGACACUGGCAUCCCUCAGCAGAGGUUUAAUGAUGACUGAGCUGAGCACAACGUCCCUGCUUCCGACAGAAACCAGCCCAGACUAUAGGGAUAAUGAGACUGGUUGCCAAAUACACAGUUUAACUAAUGUGAUCCUUGAUGGUGUCACUGUGCUCAUCUGUCUCUUCGGGCUGGUGGGCAACGGGGUCGUCCUCUGGCUCCUCAGCUUCUUCAUUAAGAGGAAUCCCUUCACCAUCUACAUCCUCAACCUGGCCAUAGCAGACUUAAGCUUCCUCAUCUGCCUGCUUGUUUGCCUCAUACUUUUGACUGUGGAAUCUCUCUUCUGUUUCUAUGAAGUUGGGCACUUUCUGGUGGUUUUUCUCCCGCUGGUUAUGUUCACCCACAAUGCCAGCCUGUACUUCCUGACGGCCAUCAGCGUUGAGAGGUGUCUGUCUGUCUUCUUCCCCAUCUGGUGCCGAUGCCACCGCCCCAAGCACCUGUCUGCCCUUGUGUGUGCCCUGCUGUGGGCGCUCUCCUGCCUGGUAACCGGACUAAUGUCUUAUUUUUGUGUUCUUGAUGCAACUGAACGCUGUCCGAUGUCACUCAUAGCCAUGUAUGCUCUGGAUUUCCUGAUUUUCGGUCCCAUCAUGGUUCUGUCCAACCUGAUCCUGUUCAUCAAGGUCCGACAUAGCUCCCAACAACGUCAGCCUGGAAGGUUCUACAUUGUUAUCUUGCUCACCAUCCUCUUCUUCCUCAUCUUUGCUGUUCCCUUCGGUAUCCAGCACUUUGGCCGGUAUUUUAAUUAUUUUUAUAUCCCCGUUCAGAUAUGUAAUGCACUGGCCUCUGUAAACAGCAGCAUUAACCCACUUAUUUACUUUUUAGUUGGGAGCUACAGGAAGUGGCGGUUCAGGGGCUCUGUUAAGGUCGCACUCCAGAGGGUUUUUGAAGAGCAUGCAGAUUCCAGAGAAGACAGAGAACCCACCAGGACAGACACAAUGGAGAUGGCUAAUUAAAUCCCUACAGCACCCAGCCUCAGAGACCUUAUUGUGGAUGUGGAGCUUUAUUAAUCAGUAUGAAAAUUAGCAGCUUCCUACUUCUUUAAUUUUUCUCUAAUUUUCCAAAUACCAUAUUUGUUUGGCACUUGGUUAUGAUGUUAUGUCUGUCUUGGAAAACUCAUCAGCAUGGUCUCUGGGCCUAUCAGAUAUAUUUUACACAUCCCCCAAGUUAUAUCUCCAGUGAGUGUAUAUGUAUGCAAGGUGACAGUAAAUGAUUUCUGCUUCUGACUACAAACCCAUCUUCUAGAAAGAGGGAUUGGGGAAAAAAGGCAUUUUGACAGGGUGGGCAUGAGAGGAAAUAACAUACUGACAUUAACAUCGAUGGCAACUUUAUUAUAUCUGCCCAAAGCAUAAGAACUAAAAAGAACAAAAGUUAUUCUAAAGCACGAAAUACAUAUAAAUAUCUAUCUAAUUAAACAGCAUACACAUUGCCCAAUUCAGUAUUAAGUAUGAUCAUUAGAAAAUUUAAAUAAGUCCAGCGGGACACAAAUAAAAGAGCAGUGAGUGAGGGAAAUGCAAUGGCUAGAGAUCACCCAAAAGCUAUAAAUAGGGCCCUACCAAAUUCACAGCUGUGAAAAACACAUCACGGAUGGUGAAAUCUGGUCUUUUGUGUACUUUUUCUCUAUCCAAUCCAGAUUUCAUGGGGGAGUCCAGCGUUUCUCAAACUGGGGGUCCCAAACCAAAAGGCGGUUCUGGGGAGUUGCAAGGCUGUUGUAGGGGGGGUCGCAGUAGUGCCAUCUUUACUUCUGCAUUGCUUUCAAAGCCGGGCACUGGAGAGCAGUGGAUGCUGGAUGGACGCCUAGCUCUGAAGGCAGUGCCACAUUAAGUAGCAGCACAGAAGUAAAUGGGGCAAUACCAUAUCGUGACACCCUUAUUUCUGGACUGCUGCAGACAGUGGUGCUGCCUUCAGAGCUGGACUCCCAGCCAGCAGCCGCAGAGCUUCCUGCAGCUGGGGGAGGUUCCCGAAGGUGGGUCUGACAUGGGAGCGGCACCUGCAAGGGAAGAGGAAGUCCCAUCCCUCACCAUGCUGGCCAGAACCAGCAGCUGGAGCUUGGCGUAAGGUAGGAGCCCUCGGCCAGGGCACCUCCAGCCCUGCCCCUCCUUGGCUCCAGCCCAGCGCCCUGGCACUCGGGAGUUAAAGGCACCUUGGGAUGGCUGGGGGGGAAACCACGGAACCCCCCCAACCACAGUACCCUGGACGGACACCCAUGUCGCCCACCCAUAAGGCCAGCCCUGCUCCUCCCCAACAGAAAGCGCCCAGACAGCAGCUACUGCUCUCUGGCCACCCAGCUCUGAAGGCAGCGCCACCACCAGCAACAGCGCAGAAGCAAAGGUGACAAGAGCAUGAGCCCACUACAAUCGCUUUGUUACCUCCCCCAUAGCCUCCUUUUGCAUUGGGACCCCCCACAGUUAUACCACCAUGAAAUUUCAAAUUUAAAUAUCUGAAACCAUGAAAUUUAUGAUUUUUUUAAAUUCUAUGACUGUGAAAUUGACCAAAAUUGACAGUGAAUUUGGUAGGGCCCUGGCUAUAAGAAAGGAAACAGAUAUGGAGUCCCAGUCCCACUCCACAGGCAUAUGGCUGUUUAUAUUUCAAAUGUUUUCUCUCUUUUGGCCACCUUCUCUGUAUCUUUAAUCAAAGGAUAAAAAGUGUUUUAAUGGGAGAUGCCAACAGUAACUUGAAAUGAAACUGCUGGGCCAGAGUCACCUAUGUAAUGUUGUAACAGUGUACAAAGAUAUCGAUAACAUCGUCUCCCUUGUGGGCCCAAGACACCACAGAGCUACCCACACAACAGAUGUUUAGCCAUUUAUCUCAUGCUUGGCUAAAGUUCAAGGAAAGGAACUGGGCGGGGCUGGUACUUCCUAUUGUUUCUGGUGUGAAGAGUGAAAGACACCAUGUCAUAAGUAGUUAGUAAAGGGUUAAAACAUCGUACCUGGUAGGCACCUGACCUGAGGACCAAUCAGGGAAGAGAAUUUGAAACUCCUAGGAGGGAACUUUUUCCCUCUGUUUCUGUGUGUGUUGUUCUUAGCCGUUUGGAGUUACAAGAGUCCAGAUGUUUCAAUUAAGUCUGCUACAAAUUUCCAUCUUUCUGAACUAAUUUCUUCUAGUCAAAAUAGUGAGUAUUAGAAAGGUACUUUGUGUCCUCAUCU